AUAGGGCUGCGCUGUACACCGCGGCACUUGGUGUGUGGGAUCACGGCGGUGUUAAGAUCGCAGCAGUUUUGCAGCGAUGUUUGCACCCCACUUCACGUAGGACGCAGGACACACAGCUGGCUGCAUAUGUUUUUCUUCUUCUCGGGUGUACCUUGUUUCCGGAUAAGAGCGGAAACAAGCUCAGGCCACGCGACAUAGUUGACGCGUGUGAGCCCGACAGAGUAGGCCAGUUUUCUUGGGGGUCGGCUACAUUAGCGUACAUGUAUCGCCAGUUAGGAUUCUCGAGCCGGGCUGAUGCGGCAGGUAUCACUGGAUGUAUGACGUUGUUACAGACGUGGAUAUACGAGUAUUUCCCGGCGUUUCGACCACACCGCGACCCGGUUCCUAUUGGGGAUGGCCAGCCACGUGCCUGUGCGUGGAGUCCGCGUGUCGAGAAGAAGUCCAUUGACCGCCUGCGAUCGAUACGGUUAUUGCUUGACAGGAUGUCCCCAUUAGAGGUGAACUGGAUGCCUUUCGGCCAGAACCCUAGUAAUAGGGUACCCAGGACCCUCUACACGGGACUGAUUCAGUAUCGUGAGAUCGUAGAGGCGUACAUGCCGCAGCGCUGUCUUCGCCAGCUUGGAUAUGUCCAAGUUGUUCCUCCUCCACCAGCAUGGCCCAGUAAGGCCGUCCGAUCUGCGUCGUUGAAGGAGUACGUCGUCCAAUGGCCGGCAAGCAUGAUUGGCACGUGGGAGCAGUUUCCGAUGGUUGCCCGCAUAUGGAUUGAGCAGUUGCAGCGGCCGCCAACUGGGGUGGCUGCCAUGUGUGACCAGCACUACAUGGAGUGGUACAACCGGCACUCGCACCCGAGGUUGAUCAGAGACGUCCACCACGGCGACGACGCCGAUGAUGAUGAUGUGCCACCGCCCACUGCCGUGGAUGCGUGGAUGGGAAAGAUGACGCAGUUGGGACACAGACUUUUUGAGGAGAGGGACAACAUGACGACUGCAACAGGCAGAGCUGUUAUUGAUGAACUGGAACGGGCCCUUGAGCAGUGGCAGUGGGCGUCACAGAGAGAUUAUUGAUAUGUCGGCAGUGCAUUUAUAAAACAUUUUCCUAGUUGUUUGUAAAAGUUAACAUUAUCUGUUCUUAUAAUUAUUAUUUUAAGUUCUUAGAAUUUGACAUUA